AUGUCUAAAGUAAAAAUGUCAAUUAAUAACUUUUUUAAAACGGUCUCUUUCCGAAUCAUCAAGUAUUUCGUCAUUACCAUCGCAUUAGUGUGGUAUUUUAUUGCAAGACCAAAUCGGUUCAGUCCUGCACUGUCUAAGUUUCAAUUUAUGUCAAGGCAUUUUAAAAGGAUAGUAGAAUGCAGUGAAACUGGAGAUGGGUUAGAAUGCUUCAAGACUUAUAGAGCUGGCCUUGAAAAAGAACUUGAGCAAGAGUUCAGUCCCUGUAUAUCUCAAGCAGCAAGAAGGUAA